AUGGCGUCCGACUUGACGACCCCGAUUUUGGACGCCCUGUCCGCGUCCGAUGCGCCCAUCCUCUCCCACGAAGCCUUCCCCUCCCACCCCUCAUUGAACGUCAAAAGUGCGCUGGACCGCCUGGCAUCACGGUCGAUGGUCGAGUAUGAGACCAAGGAGAAGGAUGUUAUUACUCUUACCCCCGAGGGCGAGGCUGUUGCCGCCAAUGGCUCUCACGAGGCCAGAGUCUUCGACGCCGUCGUCAAGGCCUUGGACGGUCUGAAAAUCACCGACUUGCCCGGAGUCGUGGGCAAGGACAACGCCAAGGUUGGCCAGGGCAAUGCCUUCAAGCGCGGCUGGAUCAAGAAGGAUAAUGACUUGCUGCGUGCGACCAAAGAGUCAAUUGUCGAUGAGACCCGUGAGCAGCUGCUCGCCAUUCAGAAGACCAAGUCUUGCGAUGACUCCAAGGAACUUGCCGAUCUCAAGCGCAGGAAGUUGGUUUCCCUGUCCAAGGACUUCUCUUUCGUCAUCACCAAGGGCCCCAAGUAUGCUCGCGAAAUCGCCAAGGAGGAGACCGAUCUCACUGCUGAGAUGCUCGCCAGCGGCUCCUGGAAGAACACCCAGUUCAAGCCCUACAACUUCAACGCCAAGGGUGCUCCCACACCCGCCGGUGCUCUGCACCCUCUCAACAAGGUGCGGGCGGAGUUCCGAAACAUCUUUUUCGAGAUGGGUUUCGAGGAAAUGCCCACCAACCGCUUCGUGGAGACCGGUUUCUGGAACUUCGAUGCCCUCUUCGUGCCCCAGCAACACCCUGCCCGUGACCUCCAAGAUACCUUUUACAUCGCCGACCCUCUCACGGCCGAUCCUCCCCGCGAGGAUCCGCCAAAUGACCCUUAUCUGACCAAGGCCAUUAUGCCCACCGCCUCAGAUGCGACCAAGGUCCAGGGUCUCGACUACAAGCAAUACUGGAAUAACGUCCACGAGGUCCAUGAGAAGGGCAAGUUCGGCUCCAUCGGGUACCGCUACCCCUGGAACCCCGAUGAGUCCCUACGCCUGGUUCUCCGCACGCACACGACCUCCAUCUCGGCGUACAUGCUGCACAAGCUCGCGGCCAACCCGCGGCCGGCCCGCUUCUUCAGUAUCGACCGUGUCUUCCGUAACGAAGCUGUCGAUGCUACUCACUUGGCUGAGUUCCACCAGAUCGAGGGUGUCAUUGCCGACUUCGGCCUGACCCUGGGUGGUCUGAUUGGCUUCAUGGAGGUCUUCUUCGCUAAGAUGGGCAUCCACCAGCUCCGCUUCAAGCCUGCUUACAACCCCUACACUGAACCUAGUAUGGAGAUCUUCGGCUACCACGAGGGUUUGGGCAAGUGGGUCGAAAUUGGUAACAGUGGUAUGUUCCGGCCUGAGAUGCUGGAGUCCAUGGGUAUCCCCAAGGACAUGAGAGUAUAUGGCUGGGGUCUGAGUCUGGAGCGUCCUACUAUGAUCAAAUACGGCGUCAGCAACAUCCGUGAGCUCCUCGGCCACAAGGUUGACCUGAACUUCAUCGAGAGCAACCCGGCCGUGCGCCUGGAGAAAGACUAA